AUGGCUCUACCCAGAUCAAUACGACGGACAUCUCCUAUAACCCUGAUAUUGGCAGCUGUACUGUCCUUCGGCUUCCUCGUCUUCCUCUUUGCUCCAUCGUCCAAUUCAGGUGCAGUCUCGACCGCCAAGCGAAAAAUCGCCAAUGCCGCCGCUCAUCCUCUAUCACCUCCCACCGCUCCAUUCGUGAAGCCAGAUGCCUCGCUCAAUGGCCUGAGCAAACCGCCGCCGGUCGUCCAUUACCACCUUAACAAUGUCACGACCACCGCCGACCCUAUCGGCAACCAAGAAACCGUCCUCAUCCUUACACCUCUCGCUCGAUUCUAUCAGGGCUACUGGAACAACCUCCUCGCACUCUCAUACCCACACUCUCUGAUCGCGCUUGGUUUCAUCAUCCCUAAAACAAAGGAAGGCCAUACUGCAACCGCGGCACUACAAGCUGCCAUAGCAACCACUCAACAAGGCCCAGAAGGCAAGCGGUUUGCAAGCGUGACAAUCCUUAGGCAAGACUUUGAUCCGCCGAUUUCUUCACAAGACGAGUCAGAGAGGCAUAAGAAGGAGAAUCAAAAGGCGCGGCGAGCGGCCAUGUCCCGAGCUCGAAACUCACUUUUAUUCACGACCCUUGGUCCUUCCACCUCUUGGGUUCUAUGGCUGGAUGCUGACAUUGUCGAGACACCUCCAACAUUGAUACAAGACCUAGCUUUCCAUGACAAACCUGUACUUGUGCCGAAUUGCUUCCAAAGAUUUACCAAUGAAGAAAACAAGCCCGACACAAGGCCAUACGACUACAAUUCGUGGCAGGAUAGUCAGGUAGCUGCAGAUAUGGCGAGGGAUAUGGGACCGGAAGAUAUUAUUUUCGAAGGCUACGCGGAUAUUGCGACGUAUAGAACAUUGAUGGCUAUGACAGCAGACAGGUCAGAGACUCGAAAUCAGCAGGCCAUAAUACCACUAGAUGGUGUUGGAGGUACGGCACUUUUGGUAAAGGCAGAAGUACAUCGAGACGGAGCCAUGUUCCCACCAUUUCCAUUCUACCACCUAAUAGAGACGGAGGGUUUCGCAAAGAUGGCGAGAAGAUUAGGUUGGGGAUGUUUUGGUCUACCGAAUUAUUUCGUAUACCACUAUAACGAGUAG